GACGUUGUUCGUAAGUCCAUCCUGCCGGGCAUCCAACGGUUGGUUUGUGAACUGCAAAAUCCACAAAGAAGAGAGGGAAGGGUCUGCUGCGCCCCUGGGUCGUUUUAAAUUUGCCUUUAAAACCACCGAAAACUUAAACAACCGCUAGCUAUGGCAGAGGGAGACAACAAAAGCGCCAACGUACUCGCCCAGGAGACGGCCCAGCUGGAGGAGCAGCUGCAGGGCUGGGGAGAGGUGAUCCUGGCUGGGGACCAGGUCCUGCGCUGGAAGAAACCAUGGUUCCCUGGAGCCCUGAUGGCAGCCACCACACUGGUCUUCAUGAUGAUCUACUACCUGGACCCCUCGGUGCUGACCGGCCUGUCCUGCACUGUCAUGCUGCUGUGUCUGUCAGACUACCUGGUGCCUACUCUCGCACCCCGCAUCUUCGGAUCCAACAAGUGGUCUUCAGAGCAGCAGCAGCGUUUCCAUGAGAUCUGUGGUAACCUGGUGAAGACUCAGCGUCGCAUCCUGGGCUGGUGGAAAAGACUCUUCUCGCUCAAGGAGGAGAAGCCCAAGAUGUACUUUGCGUCGGUGAUCAGCAGUCUGGUGACGGUGGCCUGGAUGGGACAGCAAGUCCACAACCUUUUCCUCACCUACCUGAUCGUGAGUUUCCUGCUCCUGCUUCCUGGUCUGAACCAGCAUGGCGUCAUAAGCAAGUACGCUGGCAUGGCCAAGAGAGAGAUCAACAAACUGCUGAAACAGAAGGAGAAGAAGAACGAGUAGGAAGAAAGAGGAGAAGAAGAACGAGUAGGAAGAAAGAGGAGAAGAAGAACGAGUAGGAAGAAAGAGGAGAAGAAGAACGAGUAGGAAGAAAGAGGAGAAGAAGAACGAGUAGGAAGAAAGAGGAGAAGAAGAAAAUGAGAAACCCGUAGAUCAAACGUUUUUAAAAAAGGAGCUUCAACGAAGUGCUUCCUGUACUUCCUCAGUCUGCUCAGACCAACUCUACACACGCCCUCUCCCCCCUUGACCUGUCACCUAACCAACCAAUCACCUGGCGGGAUUUGUUUUUCAACAGGAAGUGUUUUUCCACCUAUCCUCCCACGCAUGCAGUCAGUCGCCACGUCGGUCAAGGCUUUAGUUCACGAGUAGACCACACUGAAACAUUACAACACACACAUAUGAACCCCCCCCCCACAUGGAGGUGGCCCCCAGCUGUGUCUGUCUCUAGAUCCUAUAAGGAGGUGUUUAAGAUGCCAGUCACUUAUUACUUUUGAAGUCCGAGGAAAGACUACAGAAACCUCUAGCAAUAUUAUUAUCCCCUCCCCCCACACAUAUAAUAAAACUACAAUACAAUAUAUAAUAAAACUACAUCUCCCAGAGAGGAUGGUUAGUUUAAUGGACAUACUGAUGGUAGGUGGGGUCAGUAAUUACAUCUCCCAGAGAGGAUGGUUAGUUUAAUGGACAUACUGAUGGUAGGUGGGGUCAGUAAUUACAUCUCCCAGAGAGGAUGGUUAGUUUAAUGGACAUACUGAUGGUAGGUGGGGUCAGUAAUUACAUCUCCCAGAGAGGAUGGUUAGUUUAAUGGACAUACUGAUGGUAGGUGGGGUCAGUAAUUACAUCUCCCAGAGAGGAUGGUUAGUUUAAUGGACAUACUGAUGGUAGGUGGGGUCAGUAAUUACAUCUCCCAGAGAGGAUGGUUAGUUUAUUGGACAUACUGAUGGUAGGUAGUGUCAGUAAUUACAUCUCCCAGAGAGGAUGGUUAGUUUAUUGGACAUACUGAUGGUAGGUAGUGUCAGUAUUGUUUCAGGAGGCUGGGACACCGCUGUUGUUGUUGUUGCCAUCGUUCCUUUAACUUUCAGAUUCCUGCUUCUGUCUGUUUUUAAGAUUGCACUGAAACCGUAGCAGAAACUGGAGUUUAGAGUAGAGAAGCAGACCUAGGUGACAUCUCCCACGUGGCACCCUAUUCCCUAUGUAGUGCACUACACCUAUAGGCCUUGGUCAAGAGUAGUGCACUAUCUAGGGAAUAGUGUUAUUUGGGACUCGAGCCUAGUCUGGUGACAUUUGGAAUAUAUAAUUCAGGGUCUGAAAUGGCACCCUAUUCCUUAUGUAGUGCACUAGCCCUAUAGGCCCAGGGCAACAGUGUAGUGCACUAUCUAGGGAAUAGGGUGCUAUUUAAGACACCGCCCUGGUGUGAGCCGACACUGGUUCAGAGGCACAGACCUAGGAUCAGCGUAACCUGCCCCCUACCCUGACCUUACUGUCUAGUCCAGGGGAUCUUUACCUUACUAGUCCCACUGCUGUUACGCUGUUAGCUGGACCUGCUAGAGUCCUUUCUGUCCCUCUAUCCCUGUCUCACGACAGUCUAAACCCAGCUCACGUUCCCUGUUAGUGGGUGAACAAUCCAACGCUUGAUGAAAUCUACUAAUAACGCUGUUAGCUGGACCUGCUAAGAGUCCUUUCUGUCCCUCUAUCCCUGUCUCACGACAGUCUAAACCCAGCUCACGUUCCCUGUUAGUGGGUGAACAAUCCAACGCUUGAUGAAAUCUACUAAUAACGCUGUUAGCUGGACCUGCUAGAGUCCUUUCUGUCUCUCUAUCCCUGUCUCUCUCUGGUCGGGGGGCCGAUGAUUGUAAAUACGCCAAUCCUCUUCCUAUCUUUUAUCUCUCUGUCUUGUCUGUGUUUAUAUUCUUUACCUACUAUCUCGCUGCUCCUCUCCUCCAUUUCAUCUGUUUGAGUUCUCUACAAAACAAUGAAUAAAGUCUGAUUUAAAUGAACA